AUGAGCUGUAACGACUGAAUUUCGUCACGCGACAAGGCUGCUUUGGCGGACUGCAUUUUGAACCGUGACUUGACACGGGCGGCCUUGAGGGACGGCGAUAGUUGAAGCUCAAAAGAACUUGAUGGUACUGGAUAAAAAUGACAGCGUCUCGUGAUCUUGGGGCUAAAGCCGGCGCGCUAUCAUCAGCUUUCCUGCCGCGGCUGACACCCCGGCCCCUGCGAGCCCUGAACGGAGCUGACCUGGACUUCCUGCGUGGCGGGACACUCGCUGGAUAGCACCUGCUCAGCAGCGUCAGCUGCGCACCACACAGUAGCGGAGAGAGCAGCUUCCAACAGACGUGAUAUAAUCUAGUCCCGCCCCAGCGCGUAUACUACACGCCUUCUCCAGUGAACGUGCAUCCCCAGCGCGGUCAGCCAGCCCACACGCGCAACACAAGACAUGGGCAAAGGCCAGAACCUGGCGCCGGCCACCAACAGCAAUGGAUUCCACCCUCACGGCGCCCAUCCUGGCCCCCAUCAUGAGGAGGGACACGGGCACGGGGCCCAUGGCGAGGAGCCGAACAAGUCGUUUACAUUACUGCUGUCUGGCCAAGCGGAUGAUGAGGACAUAGCGAGCUUCGAGGGCUUCCACUCGCCAUGGUGGAAGAAGCUGCUCUACUAUUUCGUGGGGCUGAUUACCGCGGGGUUUUCGUUCCUGAUGUGCAAGUGGUCUCCGCGCGUCCAUAUCUUCCUCAGUUUGUCGCCGUGCCCGCUGCGGGAUGCACAGUACGUGCGCAUCCGGCUUGCAGAUGGGCGUGUGGAUCUGGAGAAGGUGCAGGAAGUGGCCAUGACGGAGCCGCACUAUGACUCGGUGCCCACCCUUGCGGCGGAUGAGGAGGAGGGUGCGGGCCGCGGGGGCCUGCUGGACUGGCAGGUCCAGCGCACGCACAAGCUGCUGGAGUACCGCUGUACGCGCUACUUUUAUGUGGAUGGCGUGGCGGCGGCGGCAGCAGCGGUGGCGGGUGGCCCGGCGCCCGGGCCCGGUGGCGCGACCUUCACGCCGGUGCCGGCGCUGCCCAAGGGCUUUAACGAGCAGCUGCGGUCGGCGGCGGUGACGCUGGCGACCACGGGGCACGCGGCGGCGGUGGAGGAGGCGCAGGAGUGGGACCUGGGGGGGCGGCAGCUGAGGUACGGCACUAACGAGAUGGCCAUUCCGGUGAAGUCCAUCCCCAUGCUCAUUUUCGACGAGAUGUGGCACCCCUUCUACGUGUUCCAGUACUUCUCCAUCCUGAUCUGGAUCGUGGGCGACGCCUACUACUCAUACGCGGUGUGCAUCGCCGUCAUCACCUGGUUCUCCAUCAUCUCCGCCGCCUACGAGGCGCACCAGAACAUGAAACGCCUGGCGGAGAUUGCGCACUUUGAGUGCGAGGUGGACGUGGUGCGCAGCGGCGAGGUGGUGCGACUGCCCUCCAGCGCCCUGGUGCCUGGAGACCUGGUGGUGGUGGCGCCCGGCACACUGCCUUGCGACAUGGUGCUGCUGCGCGGCGAGUGCAUCCUGGACGAGAACAUGCUGACGGGCGAGUCGGUGCCCGUACGCAAGGUGGAGUACAACGCCGUGGCGGAUGGGCUAGCCUACCAGCCCGACAAGUGCCCCGGCUGCACCCUGUUCGGCGGGACCGUGGUGGCGCAGGCGCGCGCGCCGCGCGCCCAGAAGCCGCUGGCCAUGGUGUGCCGCACCCGCUUCUACAGCGCCAAGGGGCAGCUGCUGCGCAGCAUCCUGUUUCCGCGCGAGCCUGAGGAGAGCUUCAUCAGCGACAGCCUGCGCUUCAUCUGCGUCAUGCUGGCGGCCUGCAUGGGCCUGUACAUCUGGGCGGCGGUGGUGCUGGCGCAAGUGGGCGCCUCGCCCGACCGCAUCGUUGUCCGCUUCUUCGACAUGAUCACAAUCGCAGUGCCACCCGCCCUGCCCGCGUGUCUGACCAUCGCCACCGUGUUCUCCAUCGGGCGCCUGCGCAAGAAGGGCAUCUACGUCACCAGCCCCGACCGCAUCACGCUGGCCGGGCAGCUGGACGUCAUCUGCUUUGACAAGACGGGCACGCUCACGGAGCAGGGCCUUGACCUGCAGGGCAUUGUGCCGAUCGUGGACGGGCGUCUGCACAACAUGGUGGGCCAGAUCAGCCUGCUGCCCACGCAGUUGGUGGAGCUACUGGCGAGUUGCCACGGCCUGGCACGCAUGGGCGAGUCGCUGGUCGGAGACCCGCUGGACCAGAAGCUGUUUGUCGCAACACACUGGGACCUCAUUGACGAGCGGCCCUCGCUGGAUGGGGCCUAUGGCGGUGCAUACGGCGGCAGCGCUGGCGGUGCUGGGCCCCAGCAGACCGACAUCGACGGCAACGUACAGGGACCGGGCGCGGGCGCGGCGGAGGCCGCACAGGCAGAGGCGGAGGCCACCGGCACUGGUGGCGGCGUGCAGACCUACGUGCGUCCGCCUGGCGCCGUGCAUGCCUACGCCAUUGUGAAGCGGUUUGAGUUCUCGGCGGCGCUGCAGCGCAACCUGGUGGUGGUGCGUGCUCCUGACAACAGCGUAGCCGUGUUCGCCAAGGGCUCGCCCGAGGCCAUUCGCGCGCUGGCGGACCCUGGGUCGAUCCCCGCCGACUUCGACCAGCUGCUGGGCGAGCUGACCCGUGAGGGGCUCCGCGUGCUGGCGCUGGCGGCGGGCGACGCCAGCACCGUGCCCGAUUCAACGCUGCUGGGCUGGACACAGGCGGAGACGGAGGCGAACGUGGGGCUCAGGCUGGUGGGCCUGGCGGUGAUGGCCAACCCGUUGCGCCCCGACACCGCCGACGUCAUCAGCCGCCUGCAGCACGCCUCCAUCCGCACCGUGAUGGUCACUGGCGACCACCUGCGCACCGCCGUGUCGGUGGCGCACAAGUGCAAUAUCCUUCCCGGGCAGCGCCCCAUCCUGCUCAUUGAUGCCGCAGACCUGCCCGCGCCUGCCACCGCCUCGCAGCAGCAGCCGACACCGCUACCGCAGGUGGCGGCGGCCGCCGCGACGCAGGCGCCUGCGGGCGUGGAGCCGGCAUUGAUGCCACAAUCGACGCCUUUGCCGGUGCUGCGGCCGGCGCACGCGUACAGCGAGGCCUCGGGGCCUGGGCCGGCGGGUGAGCCGACGCCACUGGGCGACCCGUCUAUCGCCAACCCCAACUGGAACGGCUCCCUGUUGACCGAGGAGGCGGAGGAGGCAGAGCUGCGCGAUGCCGCUGCAUUGAACACGCCGUACCAUGGUGGGGCGUCGGGGCUUGGCGACGGCGCGGGCAGUAGCAGCGAGGGCGGCGCAGGCAUCCUGAGUGAGUACGGCCCGGCGAGUCAGCACGCACACGUGGUGGUGCAGGCGCAGUACCCAGGCAUGGCGCAGCCAGGCGGCGCAGCCGGCAAGGGCGCUGUCCCUGUCGACUCCGGCAACGGCCACCACCACACCGCGGUAACGGCAGCAGCAGAUGCCGCUUCUGCCGCAGCCGGGCCCGGCCUGCGGCUGAGUGUGCUGGAUGUGGAGGGCAACGUCACGGAGAACGCGGGCUCGGCGGCGGCGUACGGCAUGUUGGCGCGUGUGGUGACGGGCGAGCUGGAGUGCGCGGUGACCGGCAAGGGCUUCAACUGGCUGCUGGCCAGCCUGGAUGCGGGGCUGCUGUUCCCGGUGCUGCAGCGCGCGGGCGUGUUUGCGCGCAUGAGCCCCGAUAAUAAGCGCGACCUAAUGCUUCUGCUGGGCAGCGGCAUUGACGGCGUGGAGGGCUGCCCGCACCUUGGGCUGCGUGCCGGCUUCUGCGGUGACGGCGCCAACGACUGCGGCGCGCUCAAGGCAGCGCACGUGGGCGUGUCACUGUGCGAGGCGGAGGCCUCAGUGGCUGCGCCGAUGACUAGCAAGGCGCAGACCAUUGCCAGCAUGAUUACUGUGGUGGCGGAGGGCCGCUGCACGCUCAUGGCCACCUACCAGAUCUUCCAGUUCAUCAUCGCAUACGCGCUCGUGCAGGCGUUUGAGACCAACCUGAUGUACACCUAUGCGCUCAACCUCGGCAACUACCAGUACCUGAUUGAGGACCUUUUUUUCACGACAGUGCUGGCGGCGCUCAUGGGUUUCACAGAGCCCAGGAACAAGCUGUCCCGCAGCCGGCCGCUCACACGCGUCAUGUCGCCGCCGCUGAUGAUCAGCACGGUGCUGCAGUGCGUGGUGAUUGUGGUGUUCCAGCUGCUCAGCCUCAAGCUGCUGCAGUCGCAACCCACCUACGUGCGCUUCCGGGGCGGCCCCGAGCUUCACGACACAGUGGCCCCCGAGAAUACCACCACCUACAUUGUGGCGCUGGCGCAGUUCGUGGUCCUAGCGCUGGUGUUCAACAAGGGCAUGCCGCACCGCUCGCCGCUGUGGACCAACCUGUGGCUGGUGGCGGUGCUAGUGAUUCAGACCGCGUUCGUGAUCUACAGCCUGUUCAGCACCGACGCCUUCAACAUGGACGUGCAGCAGCUGGUGGAUAAGACAUCAUUCAACGCCGUCAUGGACACCGAGUUCAGAUGGAAGCUGUUCGGGCUGCUGGUGGCCAUGGGCAUCACCGCCUUCGCCGCCGAGUACACCUCCAUUGGCAUUGUCAAGCUGCUCAACUGGGCACAGGGCCGCCCUGGCGCAGGCAGCGUGCGCGGGACCAAGGCGGGCAGUCCUGAGAGCAAGGGUAGCAUGCCCAGCACCGUCCCGGACGCCAUCCGGCUGCCUAGGCAGGAGCAGUCUGGUAGGUAAAGGUUGCAAAGGUGGUGGCGUGGGUGCGUAUCUGUCUAGCCUGAUCCAUUCAACCCCAAGGCAACAACAUCCAACAAGUUGUUCAUGUAUCGCGAUGCGGCGUCGGCAAGGGCCAUGGAGGGCGAGCUGGGAUGUGUGACCAGGAUUUCAGCAUUGAAUGGGCUCGUAAGUAUUCAAAGGGAUGCUGCGUUGGCAUCUCAAGACACGCGGCAUGGAGGCUGGAGAAAGUGACUGGGGUUAUCAAUUUUAGCGCAUCCAACAUUGAUCGUGUUUGACACUUGUAGCUAAAUGUCGAAGUGCAGGUCACAGACUGUGGACAUCGUAGCUCGGACGGGGGUGCAGGGCGGGGGGGGGGGGGGGGGGGGUUCGUCGCCGGGUGCGUGUGCGAGUGCGGCUGACGACCACCGCCUGAAACUGCUGUAAUGCCUUUAUAAU